GGGGAUAUGAGACCUUCUACUCGGAGUAUCCGGAGUGUUGUGUGGAUGUAAAACCCGUUUCACAAGACAAGAUUGAAAGCGAGAGAGCCCUCAUCAGCCAGUGUGGGAAACCAGUGCUAAACAUCAGCUACCGGCCAGCUUACGACCAGGGUGGCCCAGUUGAAAUCCUUCCCUUCCUCUACCUUGGAAGUGCCUACCACGCGUCCAAGUGCGAGUUCCUCGCCAACCUGCAUGUCACAGCUCUGCUGAAUGUCUCCCGGCGGACCUCCGAGGCCUGCACGGCCCACCUACACUACAAAUGGAUCCCCGUGGAAGACAGCCACACGGCUGACAUCAGCUCCCACUUUCAAGAAGCAAUAGACUUCAUCGACUGUGUCAGGGAAAAGGGAGGCAAGGUCUUGGUCCACUGUGAGGCUGGGGUCUCCCGUUCACCCACCAUCUGCAUGGCUUACCUCAUGAAGACCAAGCAGUUCCGCCUGAAGGAGGCCUUCGAUUACAUCAAGCAGAGGAGGAGUGUGAUCUCGCCCAACUUUGGCUUCAUGGACCAGCUCCUGCAGUACGAAUCUGAGAUCCUGCCUUCCACACCCAACCCACAGCCACCCUCCUGCCAGGGGGAGGCAGCAGGCUCUUCAUUUAUGGACCAUUUGCAGACACUGAGCCCUGACGUGCAGGCUGCCUACUGCACAUUCCCUACCUCGGUGCUGGCGCCAGUGCCCACCCACUCGACGGUCUCCGAGCUCCGCAGGAGCCCUGUGGCCACAGCCACGGCCUGCCGAAACUGGGACAGGGAAACCAGCCCAGCCCCAAGAGCAACUGUGAUUUUUGCUUUUUAAACUCGUGGACAUUUCAUACCUGUGCAAUACUGAAGACCUCACUCUGUCACGCUGCCCCAGUGAGAUAACGAGUGGUCAGCAGGCUUGCAAACAAGACUUCAGACUGACCUCGGGGAUCGGUUCUCGGGACCGAAGGAAGGCCAAGCCAUUAUGCGAGCACAGCGUGUGCUGACUACUGUACUUCCAGACCCUCCCGCCCUCUCAGGACGGCCCAGUCCUUGCACCUCAAAGUUCGCCUUUUCAUUUCAAGCGUAAGGCAAUAAAUAAAUAAACAAACACCUGCAGCAACGUGGGAGAAAGAAGUUGCUGGACCAGGAAAAAGGCCGUUUCGAAGCCAAUUCAUUUUGAAGGAAGCACAAUUUCCACCUUAAUUUUUGAACUUUGGCAGUCUCAGUGUCUGUCUCUGUUGCUUCAGGGCAUAAGCUGAUCACCAUGUCGUCGGGAAAGAAACCCUGCUGGGUUUAUAGAGAUGCGAGGUCUAUGCUGGUUUGAACCCUGGACUGUUUUCGAGAUUCCCUCUUGGGUCCAAAGAAGGCAAUCGAUGGAAGUGACGAGACAUUGACUCUUCUGGGUUUCUUUUCACUGUGGGUUCUUCCCUGACCUUGGACUUUGGCAUGAUUCAUAUUCAUACUUGAACCUGUCUCGUGGCGCCUCUCCUCUAAACAACUCUUGUGUCAUUUGAAAAGAGCUUUUCAGAUCAUAGACCAGAAGGCACCCCUUUUGCAGGGGUGGUCGUGGGUGUCAGGAGAAAGAGGGCGCCUACUGUGCGUUCCGGGUUGGUGGUGUUAAAAACCAUUGUUUCCUCAGCUUGCUGUCCUUCUGUGUGCUGGUGUCCGAUCUCCGUGACCCUUGUUUUCCUUCCCGCCCCUGGGGGUUGUCUUCAAGCUAUUGACUUCUAGGGUUUGCAGAUUUUGCAAUGUGGUACUACUUUUUGGUUUGUAGGUUAUUUCUCCAGGGGAAAAGGCAAUAAUUUUCCUAAAACCCAUGUGAAUGUGAAGAAAAGCAGUAUGUGACUGGUCGUCGUCGUCAUUGUUGUUGUUUUUUAUAGUGCAAAAUAAAAAUAGUAAAAGGGAAAAAAAAA